AUGGAGAGUUCAGAUAGCAAGUCGACCGCUUCUGCACCGCCAGCUGGCACUACAUCUGCGCAACCACAAGCAGUCGCAAGGCCUCUCUCACCCCCAACGUCCGAGUCAGCUUCCAAAACUGAACCAAAGAUAUCAACUUCUCAAGACGCGCCAGGCCUCUCCACGCCACCCUUCUCACCCUCCAGUCAGACGCCAAUACUGCAAAAUGAACAAGAAGAGUUUGAAGGGAACGUGGAUGUCAACAACGACAUUCCAAGUCAAGAAGAUCUCCAGAAAGUAGGCGAUCUGCUGGUGCUGGAUGCGGAGGGCAAAAGUCGACCUUUCAAGGAGCUGUACAAUGCGCCUCAUGUUGCGCCACGGCAGCUGAUCAUCUUCAUCCGGCACUUUUUCUGUGGAAACUGCCAGGAAUACCUGCGCACGCUUUCUUCCUCGAUCAACGCCGAAGCUCUCCUCGCCCUUCCCACACCUACCUCCAUAACCGUAAUUGGAUGCGGAAAGCCCGCGCUCAUUCCCAUGUAUGCCGAGACGACGAAGUGUCCCUUCCCAAUCUAUGCCGACCCAACACGCAAGCUCUACGACCUCCUUGGCAUGACACGGACAUUCCAGCUGGGCGCAAAGCCCUCCUACAUGCAUACGAACAUGCUCAUCAACUCGGUGCAAUCCAUAUUUCAGGGUCUCAGUGCAGGCAAGAAUGCAACCAAGGGCGGCGACAUGAAGCAGGUGGGAGGAGAGUUCAUCUUCGAGAACGGCGCGUGUACCUGGGUGCAUCGCAUGAAGAACACGCGGGACCAUGCGGAAGUCGGUGACUUGAGGAAUCUGCUGGGUCUGGACGGCACGAGACCUCCUAUGAGGAAGCGCUGGAGCCACAACGUCAAGCAAAACAAGCCGGAUCGACGCAGCAUGAGCUGGGGCAGGUUGCGGAGUAAGAGUCGAGGCACGAAAGAGCUCGAGAAGGAUACGAACAGGAAAGUGGAAGAGGAAGACCCGAAGAAGAUGGUCGGCAGUCCGACAAUAUGACGAGCAAACGGCGAAAUUCGAGCAUCUGUACAAGGUGUGCGGGGGAAGUUAAGCAAGCAUGGAGUUACUGGUUGCAUUGCCGGCGUUGGAAUAUUCUAGUAGGCUCCGGGAGCCCUCCCGGCAGUUGCGCGUGAGAUACCUCAUUGUUCAAUUUAUGAAGCGUUUCCUCACAACAGUUGCUUCAAAAGAAGAUUCCAGUCAACUGUCUCUGAAAUCGCAUAUCAUCGGGAUGCA